AUGGCGAGCGGCGGCGCGCCCUGCUCUGCGCCUGCCCCGCCCGGCGUGACCGUGGGCUGCUCGUGGCCCUGCGCGCCGCCGGGCGGCCUGGACCGGGUGCUGUGCCUGCGGCGCGAGGCGAGCCGCGAUGAGGCGAGCGGCGAGGCCGUGGCGCUGGAGCGGCGGGCGGGCGGCGGGGACGCGGCGUGCGUGCUGCAGCUGGAGUGCCGGGCGGACGCCGAGCGGGUGGCGGCAGUCGGCGUGGUGAGCGAGGCCCGGCACAUGGAGGUGUACGUGGGCGAGGAGUACUGCGGAACCGGGCGGGGGGUGAGCGCCGGCAUCCUGCAGCCAUCAGGUGAAACUGAAACUGUGACUUUAUACGAAAAGUAUCUGAAAUUGGAAUGCCCAGCGACCUCUUGUAGGAUUAAGCUGCUCUCCAUUGGUGAGAAACAAAGGGUACUCAUCAGUAAAAUAAUUGUACAACUGAAUACAGUUUCAGCAAAACUAGCAACUGAUUUUCCUUCACUAGGAUCAAGCAUAGAUCUAGACAGAGUGCAAACUAUAAUGGAAUCUAUGGGAUCUAAGUUGUCUCCAGGUGCUCAGCAACUCAUGGACAUGGUCCGGUAUCAGCAGAAACAGAACAGUUUACCUCUUGGAGACAAACUUAGUUGGAUGUUUGGGAAGAGCUCAGACUUUGGAAACGAGCAUCCAGUGGAUGGAUUUCACGGUGCAGCCAUUCAGACAUCACUACAUCAGUCAGUCAGUGAAUCUUCGUCUGUCAGAAAUCCUGCAACAAGUGAGACAGGAUGUGAAAACGUAAAUCCUGAUCUGAAAGCACAGCUUCCUGAAGGAAGGGAUACGUCUAACUCUACAGAACUUAAUACACAGCAGAAUACAGUUGACCUCAGAAAUGAUUUUAAAGCUAUGGGAUCUUUGCUUAUGCAGGAGCAAACAGACAGAAUCCAGAACGUCGCUGCUCCACAGAUGCUUCUUCCUUUUCUUCAGAACUUAUGUAGUCAAGUUAAUCAUCUUCGGCUAAAAGAUGGUGAGAAGCAUCUUGAUAAAAACGUGGCCACUAAAGAAGAAGGCAUUCAAACUGUUGGAGUAGAACAACAGCCUAUUUGCUCCUAUCUGGAGAAGAUCAUCUCCAAAAACAUGGAUCUGAUGGAGAAAAAACUGACAGACUACAUCGAUCGCCAAAUCCAGGCUCUGCAGGCGCACAUAGAUGAUAGAAUGGUUCUCUUAAUGGACUUGCUUCAGAACUCAAAGCAAAACAAAAUUUCACAAGCACACUAUGACUCUAAUGAGGGAUUCUCUAAUGGGGAGAGAUAAACAUACGUAGAUAUGGAACUCCAGUGCAAGUAUUUUUAAGGGCAGUUACACUUUACAAAGCUUCAUAUUUAUGGAGUUAUAACCGCAGAGAACCUCAGUGUUGAUGACUUGCAUUUUGUUACUGUAAUUCUCCACUGUUGUACACAGUUGUUAGUUUUAUGAAAGGUCGUAAGAAUGAGUGGUUUUCCUAAAUAAGAAUUUUGUAUGCCUUUUGUGGCUUAUUUAUUUAAGGAGCUUUGCUGAAAGCCAUGUAAAACAUGGCUUCCCAGUGUCUGUUUGGAAAAAAUGAAGUACACUAAAUAAACUGAGUUACAGCAUA